AUGAAGUCAAGUAAAUCUGCAAAGGAACCAUGCGUUGAUAAGUCAACACUGGAAUAUUCUACUAGAGGUCUAGACUAUUGCCAAUUCUCUGGUAAGAAAUACAAUAUCAAAGAGAGAGCUCCCAGAAUUUUGGUACACUGAGGACAUACAUUUUCGACUGAAUCUCUGAAAAAGUUGUAUAAAUAAGAAGAAAUUGAGAUGUCCACUAUGCAGAAAGCUAAUCAAAAAUCUAGACUCAGUUGAGAAGCUUCCUCUCAACAUGAGUAUCAUGUACGAACUCCUUCACGAUGAUGAAACCUUGAUUGAAAUAGAAACCGGAAUUGAAAAUGAAGAAGAAACAGAAGAGAAAGAUACCGAUCCCCAAGAAGAGGCAGUCAAGAACUUCUUGUGCUCUAAUAAUAAAGUCGGUUUCCGUAGAACAACUGGAAUAGAUACCGAGCCAUUCGUAGUUGGUUUAUAUGGUCUCAAAAAGCUAUCAGAUUUACAGAACUAA